UACAGGUGAAAAAAAUGAGGAUGAAGAGCAAAGAGCCCAUUUCUGAAGAAAUGGACGUUGAAGAGCAAGCCAAUGAUAAGCCGAGUAAGUCUGGUUCUUUAUCUAGUUCCACACCUCAUGCAUCGAACAUGAGAGACAACACAGGUUCUUUAUCUAGAUCCACACCUCAGGCAUCAAACAUGAGCGUGAACACAGACGUGCAUGGAAAGACAGGCAGUUCCCCUGAGUUGAGGAUGGUGCUGGUUGGGAAGAUUGGAGUUGGGAAAAGUGCCUCAGGAAACACCAUCCUGGGCAAAAAGGAGUUUAAAUCACAAGCCAGUAACUCCUCGGUUACAAAAGUAUGUGAGAAGAGAGAAGGAGAGGUUUCUGGGAGACGUGUUGUUGUGGUCGACACUCCAGCCUUUGGCACAGACCUCUCUCUGGAUGAAGUCAUUGAAGAAGAAUGCAUUGCUCUGUCUGCCCCGGGACCCCACGCUAUUCUCCUGGUGAUUGAGGUGGGCCGAUUCACAGGUGAAGACAAGGGAACAGUUGAGACAAUCCUGAGGAGAUAUGGAGAUGGAGCUGGGAGAUACACGAUGGUCCUUUUCACCAACCGGGACAAACUAGGAGAGAAGAAAAUUAAGGAGUUCAUUCAGGGAGCCAGCAAAGAGCUCCGGGAGCUUGUUGAGAAGUGUGGGUGCCGUUAUCAUGCCUUCAACAACAAGAACAUGAGCGAUCACACCCAGGUCACUGAGCUACUGGAAAAGAUAGACAGGAUGGUGGAAGAGAAUGAAGGAAGCUACUACACCAGUGAGAUGAUCAUACAGGUGAAAAAAAUGAGGAUGAAGAGCAAAGAGCCCAUUUCUGAAGAAAUGGACGUUGAAGAGCAAGCCAAUGAUAAGCCGAGUAAGUCUGGUUCUUUAUCUAGUUCCACACCUCAUGCAUCGAACAUGAGAGACAACACAGGUUCUUUAUCUAGAUCCACACCUCAGGCAUCAAACAUGAGUGUGAACACAGACGUGCAUGGAAAGACAGGCAGUUCCCCUGAGUUGAGGAUGGUGCUGGUUGGGAAGAUUGGAGUUGGGAAAAGUGCCUCAGGAAACACCAUCCUGGGCAAAAAGGAGUUUAAAUCACAAGCCAGUAACUCCUCGGUUACAAAAGUAUGUGAGAAGAGAGAAGGAGAGGUUUCUGGGAGACGUGUUGUUGUGGUCGACACUCCAGCCUUUGGCACAGACCUCUCUCUGGAUGAAGUCAUUGAAGAAGAAUGCAUUGCUCUGUCUGCCCCGGGACCCCACGCUAUUCUCCUGGUGAUUGAGGUGGGCCGAUUCACAGGUGAAGACAAGGGAACAGUUGAGACAAUCCUGAGGAGAUAUGGAGAUGGAGCUGGGAGAUACACGAUGGUCCUUUUCACCAACCGGGACAAACUAGGAGAGAAGAAAAUUAAGGAGUUCAUUCAGGGAGCCAGCAAAGAGCUCCGGGAGCUUGUUGAGAAGUGUGGGUGCCGUUAUCAUGCCUUCAACAACAAGAACAUGAGCGAUCACACCCAGGUCACUGAGCUACUGGAAAAGAUAGACAGGAUGGUGGAAGAGAAUGAAGGAAGCUACUACACCAGUGAGAUGAUCAUACAGGUGAAAAAAAUGAGGAUGAAGAGCAAAGAGCCCAUUUCUGAAGAAAUGGACGUUGAAGAGCAAGCCAAUGAUAAGCCGAGUAAGUCUGGUUCUUUAUCUAGUUCCACACCUCAUGCAUCGAACAUGAGAGACAACACAGGUUCUUUAUCUAGAUCCACACCUCAGGCAUCAAACAUGAGCGUGAACACAGACGUGCAUGGAAAGACAGGCAGUUCCCCUGAGUUGAGGAUGGUGCUGGUUGGGAAGAUUGGAGUUGGGAAAAGUGCCUCAGGAAACACCAUCCUGGGCAAAAAGGAGUUUAAAUCACAAGCCAGUAACUCCUCGGUUACAAAAGUAUGUGAGAAGAGAGAAGGAGAGGUUUCUGGGAGACGUGUUGUUGUGGUCGACACUCCAGCCUUUGGCACAGACCUCUCUCUGGAUGAAGUCAUUGAAGAAGAAUGCAUUGCUCUGUCUGCCCCGGGACCCCACGCUAUUCUCCUGGUGAUUGAGGUGGGCCGAUUCACAGGUGAAGACAAGGGAACAGUUGAGACAAUCCUGAGGAGAUAUGGAGAUGGAGCUGGGAGAUACACGAUGGUCCUUUUCACCAACCGGGACAAACUAGGAGAGAAGAAAAUUAAGGAGUUCAUUCAGGGAGCCAGCAAAGAGCUCCGGGAGCUUGUUGAGAAGUGUGGGUGCCGUUAUCAUGCCUUCAACAACAAGAACAUGAGCGAUCACACCCAGGUCACUGAGCUACUGGAAAAGAUAGACAGGAUGGUGGAAGAGAAUGAAGGAAGCUACUACACCAGUGAGAUGAUCAUACAGGUGAAAAAAAUGAGGAUGAAGAGCAAAGAGCCCAUUUCUGAAGAAAUGGACGUUGAAGAGCAAGCCAAUGAUAAGCCGAGUAAGUCUGGUUCUUUAUCUAGAUCCACACCUCAGGCUUCAAACAUGAGAGACAACACAGGUUCUUUAUCUGGAGCCACACCUCAGGCAUCAAACACGAGAGACAAUGCAGAGUUGAGGAUUGUGCUGCUUGGGAAGACUGGAGUUGGGAAGAGUGCUGCAGGAAACACCAUCCUUGGAAAAAGGGAGUUUGAUUCGAAACUCAGCUCCACUUCCAUAACUAAUAAGUGUAGGAAGGGCACAGAAGAAGUUGCUGGGAGACACGUAGCUGUGAUUGACACUCCCGGCCUGUUUGGCACAGAGCUCACUGCUGAUCAGAUUAAACAGGAAAUUGAGAACUGUGUCACUCUGUCUGCCCCGGGACCCCACGCUUUGCUGUUGGUGCUACAGGUAGGCCGAUACACCCAGAGAGAGACGGAAGCAGUGAAGAUUAUUUUGGGUGAGAGUGCUGCCAGAUACAUGAUGGUCCUUUUCACCCAUGGAGACAGUCUGGAAAAUGGCAUGACAAUUGAGGAGUACAUUAAGGGAGUCGAAGGGGAUCUCCAGCAGCUUAUUGAUAAAUGUGGGGACAGGUAUCAUGUCUUUAACAAUAAAGACAAGCGCAAUACAGCUCAAGCUAUUGAACUGGUCAUGGAAAUAGAGGCAAUGGUGGAAACUAAUUGUUGGAGUUAUUACACCAUGGAGAUGUACAAUAAGGCAGCUGCAUCCACCAGUCAAAAACUAGAAACAAAAGAGAGGAAGGAAAGUUCACAGAAUAUGAAAAUGGUGGAAUCUAAUUAUGAGAGCUGCUACACUGUCAAUGCAUCCACCUGUCAAAAUGUAGAAAUGGAGAAGGGGAAAGUGAAGGAAGAAGAGCCACUGUAUAAGUUCAAAUGUAGUUUAAUAUAAUCUGUUUAACAUCUCUGAUGUGUUUAUUGAAUGUCCUCUGCAUGUUAUUUUCUGUACUAAUAUGAGCUUGACUUUGUAUUUUUAUUUGAAGCAGUCAAUGAUUAAUAACCAAAGCUUAACAUUGUAUUUAGCUCUAUAAAUCAGUAUGAAUUUCCUUUUAGUACACCUUCUAUUGCCAUGCAUAAAAAAGCUAAAUACAAAAUGAAUUCUGUGUCAGUAAAUUCUGAAAAACAAAUAAAUUGUUAAGAA